AUGACGCUUCUACCUCAAGAUUACUUACGCACACUAAAAUCCAUUCGUGAAAGAUGCUUGCAAGUGUAUGAAAAGGGACAACGCGGUGAAUUAACUUGCUUUGAACUACACCAAGACGCAUUGCCUGCUAUUGUAGACCAUGUCACUGAAACCACGCAACGCCGGUACCCAGAUCUUGACAAGAUACCCCCUCAUUCAAGACUGAGGCAUUUUGAUGCUAAGCAAUUCCAAGCAUUGCGUGAUCGUUGGCAAGAACAAGGCGUGGAUGCAGUUGAACAAGCACGUCGAUUGAUCGAUUUGGUUAUUGUGUCUGUACUUGUGGAUGCUGGAGCAGGUCAAGCCUGGAAGUACAAGGCAGUAAACGGAGAGCUUGUCGGAAGGUCAGAAGGUCUUGCUUUAGCUUCUUUCGAUAUGUUCUUGGAAGGCUAUUUCUCUAGCUCGAAACAAGUGCCUGAUCGUGUGGAUGUGAAGGGAUUGGAUGCCAUUACUCUGCAACGCAUGACGGAUGGCUUUCAAGUCACGGAUGAGAAUCCUAUGGUAGGUUUGGAGGGUCGAUCCAAUCUGCUAAAGAGAUUAGCAAAGGCUAUAGAGGAUCAACCUACCUACUUUCCCUCCGUCAAUGGUGAGCCACAAAGGCCUGGCAACCUGAUUGACUUUGUGUUGUCCUCUGUCGAACACAAUUCUCAAACCAAAAAUGUACGCAUUGAAAAGCUAUGGGAGGCCGUCAUGAGCCUUGGAGAGAUGUGGCCUGCGCGUGUAAAGAUCAAUGGUAUCCAACUAGGCGAUGUUUGGCCUUGCGCUUCGUUGACUGAUUUGGGAAAUCAUGAGAACUUGGUUCCUUUCCACAAGUUGUCUCAAUGGCUUACUUACUCACUCGUCGAAGCUAUGGAGCUCUCGCUGGGCAUUGCCAUUGAAGGCAUGGAGCAAAUGACAGGCUUACCUGAAUAUCGUAACGGCGGAUUACUGGUAGAUUAUGGACUUUUGAAGCUGAAACCUGCACAAGUAGAGCGUGGCACUGUCACUCCUGGAAGCUUACCUACAUUUGAAGGUUCUGACCCAGUCAUUGUGGAGUGGCGUGCCUUGACCGUAGUGUAUUUAGACAAGAUCAAGCAAGGCGUUGAGGACAAACUGGGCUGCAAACUGCAAUUGGCUCAAGUGUUGGAGGGAGGUACCUGGACAGCAGGAAGAGAGAUUGCCGCCAAAUUGAGACCCAAAGAUGGUGGGCCACCUAUCGUGAUCAAGAGCGAUGGAACUAUCUUUUAA